AUGGCAGAGAGUGGAAGUAAAAUCGGAGAGGAGGAUGAAAGUCCAGGUCGUGUUAAGGAAAAUUUGUGUCAAGCAUGUUUAAGUAAUGCUAAGCAAACUGUAGCUGACAAGUUUUGUUCAACUUGCUAUGAAUUUCAAUGUAACGAUUGUUCAAAUGUACACAACGUGCUCCCAAUCUUAAAAAGUCAUAAAUUGGUGAGCGUGAAAGAAGCUAAUUCUACUAGUACUUUGUUUGAAAUGAAGACCUUAGAUAUAUGUAAUCAACAUCAAAAACGUUUUGAAUUCUUAUGUGAAGAUGACAAGAAGUUUUGUUGCAGUAGUUGUGCUUUUGUUAAUCAUCGAAAAUGUCACAGCGUUGUAGAAAUUGAGAAGAUUGCCAGGAAAAUGACGUCAUCAGGUUCUGGCUUAGGGAAGAAAUUAAAGGAAGUCCGAGAAGCUGCUGAGGGGGUUUCAAGACAUAUUUGCUUUUCAAAAGAUCAACUUGCUAAAGAUAUAAAAGAAAUACAAAUAGAGGUGAGACGAAUGCGAAACGAAGUUAUGAGAAUGUUUGACGAUUUAGAAGAUUGCGUGACCAAGAAAGCAGAAGUUCUUCAAAGAGAAACAUUACAAAUUUUGGCAAUGAAGCAAACACAACACGAGAAACAUUUGGCUGAUGUAACAUCAUGCUUAGAAACGAUUGAAAGUAUUUUCAAAAAUGGAACUCCAGUACAGAAAUAUAUAGCCGAACAGAAAAUGGAGAGUAAAGUCAAUGCUUUCUGCAGAAACAUCAAGGAGGAAUAUAAGAAAUUAGAGACGGUGAACAUUUCUUUUCAAUUUGACGAAACAUUAAAACUACCGCCAUUACCAAUCAUUGAAUAUGUUCCAGGACAAUUACAAUUAAAGUUUAAUUGGCAGGAAUAUGUUAAUUCCGUUGACAAGGCAAUGAUUUUAAAGCCAAUUUCUGUCAUUGAUUUGAAAAAAACUGAAGAUGAUAUCUAUGAACCGUUGUAUACAGGUAUAGAUUUCCUACCUGAUGGUAGACUGGUGGCUGUGGAUAACAAAAACAAGAAAUGUUUUGUGUACAAUGAGAAGCUUGAGAAAGUAGGAUCAUAUCAGCUAUCUUACACACCAUUAUCUGUUGUUGUGGUAUCUGAGGAGGAAGUAGCGAUAACAAGUGAGUAUAUAGAAUUUCUACAUGUAAGUAAAUGUAAUGAAAUAAGUUCAAGUAGGACAUGUAAAGUGAAAACGAAAUAUGACUCUGUAUGUUUGAAAGAUGAUAGACAGUUUGUAGUAGGGACUUGGGAUGAACCAAGACCUGUUCGUAUUUUAUCAUUGACAGGAGAGGAGCAUGACUUUAGUGUUAACUUUCCAAACAAGACAUAUCCUAUAGACUCAAGCGCUUGUACUUACAUAAAAAGCAGUGACAAAGUGGUGAUUACAGAUCGAUACGAGCAUACUGUCUACAUAUAUGAUAUUAAGACAAACACAAGAGUCGUAGUGAAAGAUGAUCAGAUACGACAACCACGUGGUGCAGCAGUUGGUCCUUUUGAUACUAUCCUGUUGUGUUGUCGUAAAACAAAUAUCAUUGUACAGAUAUCACAAACAGGUCAUAUCUUAUCAUCGUACAAGAUAGAUAUGAAAUAUCCGUGUAAAAUAUGUGUUUCUUGUGAUAAAUUAUUUCUUGUUGUUACAAAUAACUGUCUUGGAAAAAAGAUUAUGCAGAAAUUCAAAAUAUCAGCAUAA